GCAGAGUGAGAACUCUCUUCCCCCACGCUCUCUGCUUCUUUUCUCUGCAACUGCAAGUCGUUCUCUCUGUGUCAUGUUUUUUUAGUUUAGUUUUGGUCACAAGCAGUUUACGCUCAGAGAAAAACAGUUUGCCCUUGUCACACUCACCGUAACCAAACCAGCGACAUGCUCUGUUACACUUCUCUUUCCCUGUCCUCCUCCUUCACGCCCCCUCUGAUGCAUCAAACUCCUCCAUAUUCAUCUUCUUGUUUUUCUAUAAAAAAUUAGGAUUCUCUCUCUUACCCUCUUACUCUGUCUUUUUAUUUUGCUCCUCUAUAUAGCUCAGCUUCUUUAAUCAAUUUCGUAUUUCUAAUCGUCGUUUUCCAGCUUAAGUUUUAGCUGCUGGACCAUGAGUUUUCUACGGGCAUCUCUUUUGUUUUCUUUCGUUCUUGUUCUUCUUCUACUUCUUGUCCAAAGUCACCCUUUAUUUUCGUACCCGUCCCCAAUGAACUGUACGGAUACCACGCGCCUGUGCACGUCGUUUUUGGCCUUCAAGCUCCGGCCUAACCAGACCCUGGCCGUGAUCGAAUCCAUGUUCGAUGUCCUCCCCAAUGACAUUACUGUCGAGGAGAGCAGUGACGGCCUUAACUACCUCUUCAUCCGGAAGAACUGCUCGUGCUUACGCACCACUAUGCAGUACGCGACCAACACCACGUUCACGGUGAGAUCCAACGAGGGGUUUGUCAAUGACUUAGCUUUCGACGCAUACGAUGGCCUGGCUUUCUUGUUGCCCAAUACUUCGAGGAGGGCCAAGGUCGGAGCUGUCGUUUCGUUGAGGCUCUUCUGUGGCUGCUCCAGUGGGUUGUGGAAUUACUUGUUGAGCUAUGUGAUGAAAGAUGGGGAUAGUGUACAGUCUUUGGCGAGCCGGUUUGGGGUGAGCAUGGAUAGCAUCGAGCAAGUGAACGGGAUCGAAGAUCCUGAUAAUGUCACUGUGGGUGCUCUCUAUCACAUUCCUUUGAAUUCGGUUCCUGGUGAGCCUUAUCCCUUGGAAAAUGAUAGUCCUCCCACUCCUGUUCCCUCUCCAAUUCCCUCUCCAACUGUUGACAGUUUCUCAGGUGAUCAGCAGAAUCACAAGGAUCAUAUGCCAUAUGGAUGGAUUGCUGGGGGUGCGGGGAUUGGUCUGGCACUGAUUGUAUUAAGCAUAGUUGUUUGUAUUUCCUUGAGGUUAUCAAACUGCUUUACUCAAGCCGAAAGGAGUCACACAAAAGAUCGUGAUGACAAAGUUUCUCACAAGUUUCAUAUUCUUCGAAAGCCCAGUUUUUGUUGUGCUUCAGGAAGGUAUGUCUGCUGCAAGUCUCAGGAUGUCAAGCAAACUAAUGGGGAAUCUAGCAACUGCCAGACUACUACUCCAAAAGCUCUAGGGACCAAUGUGUUUGACAUGGAGAAGCCUGUGGUUUUUACAUAUGAUGAAAUUUUUUCUGCAACCGAUGGAUUCUCUGAGUCAGGUCUUCUUGGGCAUGGAACAUAUGGUUCCGUGUACUAUGCCCUCCUUCGUGACCAGGAAGUUGCUAUUAAAAGAAUGACUGCUACAAAAACUAAGGAAUUCAUGGCAGAGAUGAAAGUCCUGUGCAAAGUUCAUCAUACAAAUCUGGUAGAGUUGAUUGGCUAUGCUGCUACUGACGAUGAGCUCUUCCUUAUAUACGAAUAUGCCCAGAAGGGUUCCCUUAGAAACCAUCUGCAUGAUCCUCAUAACAAGGAUCAUACACCACUUUCUUGGAUCAUGAGGGUUCAGAUUGCCCUUGAUGCUGCUAGAGGUCUUGAAUACAUCCACGAGCACACUAAAACUCAUUAUGUACAUCGAGAUAUCAAGACAAGCAACAUCUUACUUGAUGGUACCUUCAGGGCAAAGAUUUCAGAUUUUGGGUUGGCAAAACUUGUUGGAAAAAAAGGUGAGGGAGAAGCUACAGCAACCAAAGUUGUUGGUACAUUUGGUUAUCUGGCUCCAGAAUACUUGAGUAAUGGUCUUGCCACCACCAAAAUCGAUGUCUAUGCAUUUGGUGUUGUUCUUUUUGAAAUUUUAUCAGGGAAGGAGGCAAUUAUACGAACAGAAGGUGUGAUGAUGAAAAAUCCUGAAAGACGCAUGCUGGCAUCCGUCAUGUUAGCAGCUCUAAGGAACUCACCUGAUUCCACGAGUCUGUCAAGCAUGAGGGAUUACAUUGAUCCAGAUAUGAUGGCGUUGUAUCCACAUGAUUGUGUAUUUAAGAUGGCCAUGCUGGGGAAGCAAUGUGUGGAUGAGGAUCCCAUCCUACGUCCUGACAUGAAGCAAGUUGUGAUUUCCCUGUCACAGAUUCUCCUGUCCUCUGUGGAGUGGGAAGCAACCCUUGCAGGGAACAGCCAAGUGUUCAGUGGCCUUGUCCAAGGUAGAUAGCGGCAGAAGUACUUUCUUUUCAACCCAAUACCACUUUGAAGUCUUCCCUAUUUAUUUUUAUGGCCAUGCGUGUAUUCACUGUAUUGUAUAGCUCUGGUACUCAAGUGAAGUGGUAAGAUAGCGGUAUGCUUUAUUAUCUA